GGCUGUCAGUCAGCGGGGACUUUCCCGGAGGCGGGGCUGCCUGGCCCCGGCACUUCCUCGUCCUUCGCCGCGUCCCCCCUUCCCCGGCGUCCAGAGAGCGCUGUGGGAAGGACCCCGGCCCGGGCCGCUGCCGCGUCUCUCUCCCCCAGCCCCUCGUCCUCAACCAGGUGGGCACCACGGCAGGGGCUGAGCCACCCUCAUGGAAGGGAGAGGACCCUACCGGAUCUACGACCCCGGGGGCAGCACACCUCCAGGAGAGGCAUCUGCAGCUUUUGUACGCCUAGUGGAGGAGAAUUCACGGCUGAAGGAAAAAAUGCAAGGGAUAAAGAUGUUAGGGGAGCUUUUGGAAGAAUCCCAGAUGGAGGCAUCCAGGCUCCGGCAGAAGGCUGAGGAGCUCGUCAAGGACAGUGAGCUGCCACCUGCUCCUUCCUUGGGCUCCUUUGACCACCUGGCUGAGUUCACAGGGAAGGACACAAAUGUCCCAGCACCACCCAGUGCUCCUGCACCCCCGAGCGACAAGUCCGCACCAGUCCCAAAACCUCCAUCCAGCGGCACAUCCUCGGAAUUUGAAGUGGUCCCCACCGAGGAGCAGCAUUCUCCACCGGAAAGCAGCAGCCUCCCCAGAAACUCCAUGGAACCGCGCCCCCUGCCCCGAGAGGACAGCAACCUGAUGCAGCACCUGCAGCGCCUGGAGACCACCCUGAGCGUGUGCGCCGAGGAGCCAGACCAGCGGCAGCUCUUCACGCACCUGGGCCGCAUGGCCCUGGAGUUCAACCGGCUGGCCUCCAAGGUGCACAGGAACGAGCAGCGCACCUCCAUCCUGCAGACCCUGUGUGAGCAGCUUCGGAAAGAGAAUGAGGCCCUGAAGGCCAAGCUGGACAAGGGCCUGGAGCAGCGGGAUCAGGCUGCGGAGAGGCUGCGGGAGGAAAAUAUGGAGCUCAAGAAGUUGUUGAUGAGCGGCAGCAGCAAAGAGGGGACCUGCGGGCAGCCAGGCUCGCCAAAGCUGGAGAGUGCUGGCAAGCAGGGGGUGGCCGGACAGCAGCAGGCUGGAGUGCUGGCGGGCAAGGGCCCAGGGGUGGCCGCCCCAGGUGCGGCUGAGAAGAAGGUGAAGAUGCUGGAGCAGCAGCGCAUGGAGCUGCUGGAGGUGAACAAGCAGUGGGACCAGCACUUCCGCUCCAUGAAGCAACAGUAUGAGCAGAAGAUCACCGAGCUGCGCCAGAAGCUGGGGGACCUGCAGAAGCAGGUGGCAGACCUGGAGGCCGAGCGGGAACAGAAGCAGCGUGACUUUGACCGAAAGCUCCUGCUGGCCAAGUCCAAGAUUGAAAUGGAGGAGACCGACAAAGAGCAGCUGACUGCGGAGGCCAAGGAGCUGCGCCAGAAGGUCAAGCACCUGCAGGACCAGCUGAGCCCCCUCACCCGGCAGCGCGAGUACCAGGAGAAGGAGAUCCAGCGGCUCAACAAGGCCCUGGAGGAAGCACUGAGCAUCUGCACCUCCCCAUCAUCCCCAGCAGCGUUCGGGAGCCCAGAAGGGGCCGGCAGCCUCCUAAGGAAGCAGGAGCUGGCCACACAGAAUGAGUUGCUGAAGCAGCAGGUGAAGAUCUUUGAGGAGGACUUCCAGAGGGAGCGCAGUGACCGGGAGCGCAUGAACGAGGAGAAGGAGGAGCUGAAGAAGCAGGUGGAGAAGCUGCAGGCCCAGGUCACCUUGUCAAACACCCAGCUGAAAGCAUUGAAAGAGGAGGAGAAGGCAAAAGAAGCCCUGAGACAGCAGAAGAGGAAAGCCAAGGCCUCGGGAGAGCGCUACCAUGCGGAGCCCCACGCAGAGCACAUCUGCGGGGCCUACCCCUAUGCCUACCCGCCCAUGCCAGCCAUGGUGCCGCAUCACGGCUACGAGGACUGGUCCCAGAUCCGCUACCCCCCGCCCCCCAUGGGCAUGGACCACCCGCCCCCGAUCCCAGGCUCACGCCUCUACCAUCUGCCAGAGUACACCUGGCGCCCACCCUGUGGCAGUGUGCGGAAUCAGAGCUCCCAAGUGAUCGACGUGUCUGCAGCCCGGCCCACAGAACCAGGCUCAGAAUGCAGAAUGUAUUCAGUCCAUCCCCAAAGGCACCAGAGUCUUCACUACUCCAGCAUUGCCGGGAAGUCCAAAGUCUCCAAGACUCAAGGCAAACUCAGCUGUGAACCCCUAUAAAAAUUAAAAAGAAAUUUCCCUAUUUCCAGCAUCCAGUAGUGGGAUGUACACUCUUAUUCCCAGAGAGAGGAGUGGGGCCACAGAAAGGAAGGAUCCGAUCAAAGCCAGACGGAAGCCCAGCACGGCAGACGUGAGCCCUGCAGCUCUGUAUUCAGAGCUUGGUGUCAGUUCCUGGGGACGGAGCAGCCCCACCCCUGCGUCCUGGCCAGCUGCAGCCCACAUGGCCCGUCAGGCGGGCGGUCCACGCUCCUGGCGUCGAGGAGCUGGGUCCCCUUUUGGCACUGGCUUCACUUUCACAGCCGUGUCCUCCAGCCUGACAGGAGCUGCUUGCAGUGGAUGGGUCCCUGCUGACUCUUGGGACGCCCUCAGGCCACUUGCUGUGGGCCCGGAGGACACUGCUUCUUCUCAGUGACACCAAGCCUCACUGUCCUUGGCAGGAACCUUAUGUGUGCUGCUUUUCUAGACAAACUGCAAGUGUUUCUUACCUGUGUGCUCUGCUUUCUUGCUCCUCAUUCUCACAGUAAAUCUGGCUGAAAGCAGCCAUCAGUACCCAUGCCACUGCUGGUAUCUGUGCUGCCUUGAAGUCUCCCAGAGAAUCAUCCGUCACCUGUAGACUCAGCCUCGGACGUGUCUCGGAGAAUAGACAGCAUUGUAGGCAGGCUCUUUGCCAGAGUGGAACCUGAGUAGCCUCCGGUACAGUUUCUAGCAGAGUCAUUUCCACCUGGAGCCUUGGAAGCAGUUUUUACUGUCACCUUCUGGCAGCAUUCUGGUCCUCCGAGUCCUCAGCAGGCCACCCAUUAGUGUCUCUCACAGCACUGGAAGUCUCUCUUCCAAGCCACUUCUCCAGACUGCCAGAUUCCUCCCCCAGAGCAGGCCCAGAGCUUUCUGAACCACAUCACCAGGGACAGUCACAGCCGUGACCCAUUCUCAGGACCAGUUUGUGAGCCAGCUGUCUGCCAUGGGACA